AUGACCCUGCCUGCAUCCCAAGACAUGGACUUGGCCGAAACGGAGCUCGUAGGCUCGUCGAAACGAGGUCUAAUAGCUUCAUCGGACGGCGGAGCACUCACUUUACUUUACUUAGCCCAGGGACGGGAACACUUUGGCGGGAGGCAUGUGCAGAGGAUAGCGAGUUCUCGUUCCGAGGGAGGAACGAAAAGGCAGAAAAGAGAAGACGACAGAAAAGAGCAGAGUAAAGGGCGAGGGAAGGCGAGGAAGGGUGAUGGUGGCGCUCGGCUGAGAAUGUUUGGGGUGGCGAGGGUUGAGUCUAAACCCUGCGGGUUUGAAGAUCCUCUCCCUCCCGAGCGCGAUGAGCUCACCUGGACACUUGAAGAAGAUAAGAGAGGUUGGCAGGCAGAAUACGGAGAGGUAUUACGGACGUCUGAAUCUUGGAAGUGUCUGUUUGAAAGAGGGCGCCCCUGGGUGCUCUCUGAUAUGAAGCCGGCCGUCGCAAAACUGGUAAAUGCAAGCUUGUUUAAGUUGGCACAACGGAAGAAGGUCAUCUCCAGCAAGACAUCAGAACGUCCGGAACGUUCACGGAGAUGGACGAGGGGCGGGAUCUCUGAGCCUGGCUUUUGGCACGGAAAUGCCGCAGAGAUUUGGAAAUUCAUAAGCACACAAGCCCUCGGAGUCGAGGAAUAUGGUCUAGCUCGAGCUCUAGAGAGGAUAGAAAUGGUCUUCUACCACACCGUGCCAGUCCAUGCCGUGCGCUUUUUCUUGGGAACUACCGUCUGGUGUCUUCAGGUCGAUCUACUUGGUGCUCUGGACUCGAAUGGUACAGGACAAGUUGUCUCUGGUCACGUACAACAUGUGGCUGAUAAAUCAAUCAAAUAUCGACAUCUUCGUCUGCGAAUAAAUGUGGAACUUAUACCGCCAGAAGCGAGCGACCAGAAGAGUUCCGUGGGGAGCAUUGGAGUGCGAGUUACCCUCGAGGUUGCCGCAACGGUCAACCCGAGAGACGUCGAUCGGGACAUUGAAGGUAGAAGGUCCAUCUCAUUAUCUCUCCAUCUUCCGCUCAAGCUCGUCCGAUGCCCGCAAGAUGUCUUCCGUUUCUGGUCUACUCUAUAUAGCCAUUUUGCGUUGACCCUUGAGGUGCGGACAGCACGUUAUGAGGUCAAUGCAUAUCAUGGAUGGGAUCACCGGAGUUACUUUCGGACUGAGGUUAUAUCGCCCUGGCUGCUGCCUUUCCUGGACGCGAUGUCCCUUCAUACGUAUGCUUUCCCCGAUAUGAUGACCUUCGAAUCCGGCGUCCUCGUGCUAAACUGCACCCGUAGUACGCCCCAUGCACCAGGGUGCUCAGAGCUGUUCCGGCCCAUGGGCAAUAAGUGUCGAGAGCUGCGUGUGUUCAUUGACAUCAAAUUCAAGGAAACGUGGCUCCGAGAUGAACCUACGUGCAACUCGGAGGCAUCAUGGCAAAUUUUCUCCCUCACCUCCUUGCCCAGCCCUUGUACUCACUCAGCGGCAGCAUCUUCUUAUUUUCCAGAGAGUAUCAGUCCCAUUCAACCUGCAUGA